GCCAGUCCAUUUCAAAAGCCACAUGAGCUGUCCUUUCCCUAGCAAAACCCUGCUAGGGAGGCAGUGAAGGGAGAGCAAAGCCCCCAGCUGGGCUGCCUGCUUGCCCAGGAUGUCUGCAGAGCCAGUGCCAGGGGCUGAGGCUGCCAGGAGAGGCCUGAAGAAGCCACGUCCGUUCAGCAUCGAGCACAUCCUCUCCAGCCCCCCGGAGAAGAGCCCCCAGGUCUUGGUGCCCCUGUGCCUACGGAGCAUCCUGGGCUGCACACCCCAGAGGCCCUGCGAGCUGGAGACCAUCCCAGCCAGCUCCCUGCAGGAGGAGGAGGAGGAGGAAGAGGAGGAAGAGCUGGAAGGGGCAGGCUGCAGCUGCUGCUGCUGUUCUCACACGAGUGCCCGUUCCCUGCAGGAGCUGCCGGCGUGGCUGGAUGCGCGGCUGCCCUGGCCCAUGCGGCUCCUGCAGCCGGCGCUCAGGGCGUGCAGGAGCUCCCAGGAGAAGGCAGAGCUGCAGGGCCUGCAGCAGCAGCUGCAGCGCCGCACGCGCCGGCACCGCACCAUCUUCAGCGAGGAGCAGCUGCAGGCGCUGGAGACGCUGUUCCACCAGAACCAGUACCCGGACGUGGUGACCCGCGAGCACCUGGCAAACCGCAUCCACCUCAAGGAGGAGCGCGUGGAGGUUUGGUUUAAAAAUCGUCGGGCGAAGUGGCGACACCAGAAGAGGGCGAGUGCCUCGGCAGUGACCCUGCAGGCCAAGCAGCCCCCCAAGGAGGGCUGUUAGUGCCCGCAGGGAGCACCAAGCACCCCCUGCCCGGGCUGGCAGGCUCAGGGGUGACCCGAGGGGCUGAUGCAGCAAAAGGAACCUCUGUGGUUCACAGGAGGAGGAGGACAGGUAAAAGCAGACAUGGCAUUGCCACAUGCCUCUCCCAAACCGAGUUCACAUGGCAAA